AGUAGACUUUGCCCAUUCCGCAAGUUAAUCACUCUGAACUGAAGACAGUUCUAGGCAAAUUAGCUUAAUUCUCUCUUGCCAAAGUUAAUAUACGAAGAAACAAAGCCCAAUUCUCCUAAAUUUUGAUAAUUCUUAGUAUUUUUUUAUUUUUUUUUGCGAAUUUGCUGGAAGCCAUGUACAUGUACAGAGGUUUGCAGCGGUUUAGAACCUCUGGUUCAUCAAUUGUUAAUCGUCUAACAGUGCCUCAGUUGAAAAGAAAAGCUUCUAAUUCAUGGUCUGCUAUUCAGGACACUUUUUAUUCAACAAAGGAUGUAUUUGAGAGGCAUAAGGUGGUGUUCACAAUCUCGACUUCAAUAGCAUCAGUUGCUACAGCAUGGUUCGGUUAUACUUUACGACAUGUUCAUGAAUCGAGAGUUGACCAACGGCUUGAAUCUAUAGAGAAAGCUAUGAAGAAAGAUUAUCAAAUUGAAGAUCCUGAAUUUAAGAAGCUAGUGUCUGGAUCCAUUAGUAUUCCGGCUUGUGCUGCAACUGCUGGAACCGCACUAAUUCUCGGGUAUGGCUUGGGUUUUCGAGGUGGAAAAUGGUACGCAAACAGAAAUUUUAGAAGAGAACAGAUGAAAUUGUUGGGACAAAUAAAACCUAAAAGAUGGCCACUCAGGUUUUUACGACGACCACUAAUAAGGUCUAAAUCGCCAGAAAAUCUUGUUACAGCAUCAGAAACAUUACCUAAGGGUGCAUCUACUUCCCACAGCUGAGGAUAAUCCCCUAACUUGCUGACAAAAUGAGGUCCAAUGGCUAUUUUUUUUUGGUUCUGUCGAAAUUACUGCUAGUACAGAAAAGCCGUAUAGUUUACCAAAUGUUGAUAACCAUAUUAUUGUUUAUAA